AUGUGGCGUCGCGGUAUCCUCUUUAGCAACGCAGCAGUUCAACUCACUUCUGAUUUCCCUUUUCAUCGGCCUACCGAACUACUCUGCCCAGAACAGGUGGCAUUACGGAGUGACCACAUGCCAACUGAUCGUAAGGGUGAGCCAGCCUUCCAUCCUUUUAGCCCCACAACUAGCUGA